CACUCAUCCUUCUUGAAUUUCUCUUUCGAUUCUCUAGUCUGGUGCAGACAUCGUUCCUAGGGCUUUCAUUGAUCUUUACAACGAAGACGAAGAAGAAGAAGAAGAAGGCAAGGCAUAAGAGUCGCCAUCGCCAUCGUCAUCCGUGAGGGUUCUUCUACUUUUUUAUCAUACGGUUUCGUGUUUUUAUAAUUCUUCAAGACAUCCUCUCUUUUCGCAUUCGAUUGUGAUCUUUCCCGGUUAUUUUUUUUUUUUUUGCUGGCUCUCAUUUUUCCUACUCUGAAUUUUGGGAUAGCCCCUCCGAACCUUCUAAGAUUACGAUUUCACAGAAGAGGGGUUCUGAGAUUGUGCCUUCGGGUAGUGUCUUCUGCUUCUUGUCCAAUUUGUUACGUGCUUUAGAAGAGUGAAUUUUUUGGGGUUUCGUGGGAUGUUUGAUUUGCCAAAGAAUUGAAUUCUGAGCGAGAAAGAUUAGGGUAGAUGUCGUGAAGCAAUUGGUUUUCUUUAUAUAGACAAAGACAAUCUAUUUCUCUUAGAUUGGAGUUCGUAAGUGAGAAUUCAUAUGAAAGCGAGAUCUUUAUAAGUUUGAUGAUAUAAUAAGCUGCUUGACUUGGAAUCGGGGUAGCUCUUUAAGAGGUUUAUAUAACAAGGAAGUAAAAUCUGUGAUUUGGAAGCAAUAUGGCGGCGGGUAUGGAUUUUUCACCUCCAUACACACUUUUAGAAGGUGGUUACAAUAAGGACAAUGCAUCGGCCAUGGAAGAUGAAACUUCAGAGAGUCUGAAUGGUAUAAAACAACAGAACACAAACGGGAAGCCUCCACGACAUCUCGUGCGGCAUACUAUGAGCUCUUUAAAGCUGUUGGCAACUGCUGAUUUGACUUUGGAUGUUGGGAUGAUUCCCGAUAAGUCGCCUUCAGAUGAGAAAUCUGGGUUUCUACCCAUUUUCAGAUCUGGAAGUUGUGCCGAAAGAGGACCUAAACAGCACAUGGAGGAUGAACACUUAUGCAUAGAUGGUCUUGUUGAACAUAUAGGCGAUAUACCGCAGAUCCCAUCUCCUGGAGCCUUUUAUGGGGUAUUUGAUGGUCAUGGAGGUGUGGAUGCAGCAUCCUUCAUUCGAAAUAACAUCCUCAAAUUCAUAGUGGAGGACUCCCAUUUCCCAACAUGUUUGGAGAAAGCAAUUAAGGGCGCCUUUCUGAAAGCUGACUAUGCUUUUGCGGAUGCCAGCUCUCUUGAUAUCUCUUCUGGAACCACUGCAUUGACUGCCCUUAUUUUUGGGAGGACCAUGAUCAUUGCUAAUGCUGGGGACUGUAGAGCCGUGUUGGGAAGGCGAGGUAGAGCAAUUGAGAUGUCAAACGAUCACAAACCCAAUUGCACAUCUGAAAAACUGCGAAUAGAGAAACUCGGAGGGGUCAUUUAUGAUGGCUAUCUCAACGGCCAAUUAUCUGUGGCUCGCGCCCUCGGUGACUGGCAUAUGAAAGGCCCGAAAGGUUCUGCCUGCCCUCUGAGUUCGGAGCCAGAAUUGAAGGAGACCCAUCUGACUGAGGACGACGAGUUUUUAAUAAUGGGGUGUGACGGACUAUGGGACGUAAUGAGCAGCCAAUGCGCAGUAACUAUAGUGAGGAAGGAAUUGAUGCUCCACAACGAUCCUGAAAGGUGCUCCAGAGAGCUGGUUAGGGAGGCGCUCAAGCGUAACACUUGCGAUAAUUUGACUGUUAUCGUGGUAUGUUUUUCGCCAGACCCACCCCCUCGGAUAGAAAUACCUCAAACACGAGUGAGGAGAAGUAUAUCUUUGGAAGGUCUUAAUUUACUCAAGGGCGUAUUGGAUUGUAAUUCCUGACUUGGGAGCAAAGCAAAGAGAAACUGGCCUGUACAGAUAACAACACAAAGGGUUCGAAUUGGUUAGGUGGUAUUCUUUUUUUCUUCCCAUGCCCACUGCUGCUGUUCGUGCCAUGAUUGAUGAUUGGUGGAUUCAGGGAAAUAAGAUCUAUUCUUUCUUACUGUAUAUGUUGUACAUCGGGGAGAGAGAGAGAGAGAGAAAUGUUGUAUCCAUUGGCAGUUUGGAACCGCUCAUUGUUUGAUUUUUGAGUUAGGAAAUCUAUUUCGCAAUUCUUUUUCCACUACGAGAAACAUGACCACUGAGAUUUGCCCCUUUUUUUU